AAAUGCAUGUCAAAGUCAAACACGUCAUUAUUUCAUUUUUAUGAGGAAGAAUGAUCGCGGUGGUCUUGUUGGAGUUGUUGUAGUUUUUGUAAUCUAAGUGGUGCAGUGAGUGAAUUAGUGCAUAUAAUAUUCUCGCCAGUAGAACAAUAACACAACCAUGUUCAGCUGGCUAAAGAAGGAAGGUGAAAAAACGGAGAGUAUCGAAAAUGUCGUGGAGGGGCUCAAAAGAAUUUACAAAACGAAGCUCCUGCCGCUGGAGUCGCACUAUCAGUUCCACGAUUUCCACUCCCCACAGCUGGAAGAGCCCGACUUCGACGCGAAACCCAUGAUCCUGCUCGUGGGGCAGUACUCGACCGGCAAGACGACCUUCAUCAAAUACCUGCUCGAGAGAGAUUUUCCGGGGAUACGAAUCGGGCCGGAGCCGACCACGGAUAGGUUUAUAGCCGUCAUGUUCGACGAGAAAGAGGGCAUGAUCCCCGGGAACGCGCUCGUCGUCGACCCGAAGAAACAGUUUCGGCCGCUUAGCAAAUUCGGAAACGCUUUUCUAAAUAGGUUCCAGUGUUCGACCGUGAACUCGCCGGUGUUGCGCGGCAUCUCGAUCGUGGACACGCCCGGCAUCCUGUCGGGCGAGAAGCAGCGCGUGGACCGCGGCUACGACUUCACCGGCGUGCUGGAGUGGUUCGCGGAGCGCGUCGACCGGAUCAUUCUGCUGUUCGACGCCCACAAACUCGACAUUUCCGAUGAGUUCCGGAGAAGUAUCGAAGCUUUGCGGGGUCACGACGACAAAAUACGUAUAGUGCUGAACAAGGCGGACAUGAUAGACCACCAGCAGCUGAUGCGGGUGUACGGCGCGCUCAUGUGGUCGCUGGGGAAGGUGCUGCAGACCCCCGAGGUGGCUCGGGUGUAUAUCGGCUCGUUCUGGGACCAGCCCUUACGGUACGACGUAAACAGACGGCUAUUCGAGGACGAGGAGCAGGACUUGUUCAGAGACAUGCAAUCGUUACCUCGGAAUGCAGCGUUACGUAAAUUAAACGACUUAAUAAAGAGGGCCCGCCUCGCUAAAGUCCACGCGUACAUAGUCAGCGAACUUAGGAAAGAAAUGCCCUCCAUGUUCGGCAAGGAUGGUAAAAAGAAGGAUUUAAUAAAGAAUUUAGGUCAAGUUUACGACAGGAUUCAAAGAGAACAACAGAUUUCUCCCGGGGACUUCCCGGAUAUCAAGAAGAUGCAGGAGACGCUUGCAAAUCACGACUUCACCAAGUUCCACCCGCUGAAGCCCAAGCUGCUGGAGGUGGUGGACCACAUGCUGGCCACCGACAUCGCGCGCCUCAUGGACAUGAUCCCCCAGGAGGAUGUCAACAUUGUGGCAGAACCACUCAUCAAGGGCGGGGAGCCGGCCGGCGCGCUGGACAGCCUGGAGGGGCUGCACGCCAAGCGGGGCUUCCUGCAAGGUGGGGCGUUCGAAGGAGUAGAAGACCAGGUGUCGCCGUUCGGCUACGGGCGCGGCGAGGGGGUGGACGCGGGCCACGGGGACCCCGAGUGGAUAUGCAGCAAAGAGAAGCCGCAGUACGACCAGAUCUUCAACUCGCUCAACCCCAUCGACGGCAAGGUCACCGGCGCCGCCGCCAAGACGGAGAUGGUGAAGUCCAAGCUGCCCAACUCGGUGCUGGGCAAGAUCUGGAAGCUGUCGGACAUCGACAAGGACGGCUUCCUAGACGAGGAGGAGUUCGCGCUCGCCAUGCACCUCAUCCGCGUCAAGAUCGACGGCCACGACCUGCCCUCGGAGCUGCCGCCGCACCUCGUGCCGCCCUCCAAGCGGAACUAGCUCAGUGUGAAGUGGACUUUACUCCUCGAGAACCAGAUUACAACAUCUCCGCUUCAAUGGACAGGGACAAAUCUAGCAGAUACGUCAAAAUGUAUAAGUACAUGAGCUAUCACUAAAAAACUUAGGAAUUUUCGAAAUGAAUGAGCAGAUUGUUUCUAGAAACAGACUACAACAAGAAACAUCAGUUUUUGAAAAUUCUCACGGCUGGCAGUCGAAAUCAUUCUAUAGUUCGCGACAGGUCGACAUGGCAAUCGGGGUAUGAGGCGGGCGGGAGGCCCUGAACACCCGCGAUGUCCCGCACCGGGUUAGCGCGAGAGCUGUGCGGGGCAUCCCCGCCGCCUCAUCGCCGAAGUUCCACCUGUCGCGAACUAUCAUUUUGCUCAUGUAAUUUUGCACGGUGUUUACGAGGGCCAUGUAGCAUUGAUGUGUGGAAUACGAAAUUCUGCUACAAUCUGACAGAUUAAAAUGUUAGGGGAAAAAGAGUGAAGAAAAUUUUCGCACGCGUUCUUUCGCUAGAUUUGUCCUUGGACUUAGACAGCAGCAUAAUUAAUGCUUCCCUGCACUACCCAUUUAUUACGAAAGCUGGUUUUACACUAGUCGAUUUUCGCCGCACGAAAAAUCGACCCGAUUAAAUCCAGCUUGAAAUGUCGUAUAAUAUGGUCUUAUACGAUUCGACUGUGGCGAGGCUUGAUUUGUCAAUUUAUAUUUUAUGUGGUCCAAAAAACUGAAUGCUUUGUUCGGAUUUGGUUUUUUAGCAAUAGCGAUUAUUAUUCAAUAUUUUUAAAAUAUGAUUUCCAAAAUACAGUAAUAUAUAAUACUUUUCGAAUGUAAAUACGUGCUUCGGUAGGUCCUAUAAGUAGAUUAUUUUUGUCAUGAUUGAUUUA